GUCACCUGAUGAUUGCUCAAUCUUGACUCACGAUUCAGGAAUACACUAUAUUACACCUAAAGCAACAACAACAAGCAAUGUGAUUUAGAUUUGGUACAAAAGUGAUUGAAGGAAGAUGACGGUGACCUACUCCAGUAAAGUCGCCAACGCCACGUUCUUCGGUUUCCAUAGACUUCUACUGCGAUGGAGAGGCAGCAUCUACAAACUGCUUUAUCGGGAGUUCAUAGUCUUUGUACUGUUAUAUACCUUGGUGAGCCUCGUUUACAGACUUGCUCUCUCAGACCCUGAAAAGCGUUUCUUUGAAAAGUUGGCUCUUCACUGUAACAAGUAUGCAGAACAGAUUCCAGUCACGUUUGUGCUUGGUUUCUACGUCACCCUGGUGGUCAACCGUUGGUGGAACCAGUUUGUGAAUCUGCCUUGGCCCGACCGCCUCAUGUUCCUUGUCUCCAGCUGUGUUCACGGCCACGACGAGCAGGGCCGCCUCCUCAGACGCACGCUGAUGCGCUACGUCAACCUCACCUCACUGCUCAUCUUCCGCUCCGUCAGCACCGCCGUCUGUAAGAGAUUCCCCACCAUGGAUCAUGUGGUGGAGGCAGUUACAGUCUUGUCUCAUCGCUGCAACUCCCGUACGGACUUGGGAGGCGAAGGUCGGAGAGCCGUGUGUCCUCCGAAACACAACCCAACCAAGCCGCACUGCUUCUUGACACAAUUCUCAAUUAACCCGGAAGCCAGCCGCACCAAUGUGUCAGAGGAAACGCUGACCAUGUCAGUGUGCACUGUGCCUGGACCACCAUAG